AUGCCCACGAAACCCCGUCAUAUUCCUAGGAACUUUUUCCUGGAUCAAAAGUCCCGGUAUCAAAAGAAUGGAUUGACCCCAUUGCCGCAUCAAAUAAUUCAUCCAUUUUAUACACCUACUAGAGCAGCUGAGCUAUCGGCAUGUUCUAAAGAAGUUAGAGGUAAAUUAUUAGAAGGUCUUAAAGUGGUUCCUGCACUUGUUACAGAUUGGAAAGGAAAGCCAUUGCUUAGGAAUCGAUUUAUCAAAUUCGAUACGGUUAAAGGUGUCAAUGUAUGGUUACAGGGGUAUGCUUCUCGAAGAAAAGAAGCUGAAGGUGUGAUAUAUCGUACUUUGGAGGGUCAACCAGAGAAACUUAUAACUCCGAGUAAGUUGCAUAGAUCCAAUGUACCACUUGUGGACAAAGUGACGGAGUUGUUCGGAUCUGAACGUACUAAGCAUUUGAAUUCAGCUGCCCUUGACUCAAUUGUGGAUGAACUUGUCAAUGAUAGGGAAAAAAAUUUAUUCUGUGAAGAUGUUUAUAUAUACUUAUUGCAACACCACGUUAAUUCUGAAGGUAAACUGAUAGCAAUUAUAGAAUCAAUUAAAUCACACAUGGAAGCCGAUAUUGAUCAAUUAAAAGUAGCAGAAACUUUGAUUCUACAGCUCGUUUUAUCAAUGCAAAGGAACAGGUUGCCCGUCACGAAGGAAUUAGUGAAUGCAUACCAUCAGUUGAUUGACGCAGUGAAUCAAAAAUUCUACACUAAUGCUUGUGAAUUACAAUUUGACCCUUUAGUAACCCAAUGCAUAUUAGAAUUCCAUAUUAUGAGUGGUGAUUUGAAUCACAGUAAAAAAUUACUCAGUCAUCUUAUUUUAAAUGGUUGGGCGCUCAGAGAAGAUUUAUCUGUCAAAUAUUUGCAGUUGGUAGAAUCCAAAGUACGUGAUGAGGAUAUAGAUACAAGAACUUUGAAAAGGUUUGCAUACAUUUCUGAUUUUAGACCUUUAUUACAAAGAGCUCAAACACCACUUUUCUUUGCUGCCCUAGUACCUUACUGUAGACAUUUCGGUGAGCUUUACAGUCUAUUAACUGUCAUUACAGAGAAGGUGCAUAACACAAGGGAGGUAUUUGAUGUAACGCUUCUUUCUAUGAUCGAGGCAACAACGCAUAUGGGGAAGAACAACAGGUAUAAAUCUGCAAACCUAUACGAACUCCAUCGUACUGUUUUACCUUACUACGAUAACAAUUUACCAGCCAAAUUUGUCAAAGCGUUUGCCCUUCAGUUUGCCAAAUUCAAUAAUUGGUCUGCAAUCGCAGGGUUCUUCAAACAAUACCCAUCCUAUUUCACACCUAAUUCCAUAGCUUCACUAUUAUCAGCGUCACAAGAAGGUGUUACAGAUUCUACCAAUUAUCCAGGGGGUGUUGUUCAGAUGCGUAAGAUCUUCAUUUGGGAGUAUGUUCUGCCAUUGUAUUCGAAGAUGUCACUGAGGGCUAGAUCAUCAAUAAGUGCUACUUUUGAUACACCAAAGCUUUUCACAGAAGCUAUAAAACAAGAGUUGAAACUUGUCAGUGCUGGUCAGGCAGAUGUCAUGAAUGAACUGAUAGCUAUGGGUUAUGAGAGUAACCUGUUACGGUUCAUUCCAGCUACUACUUGGGAAGAUAUCUUUAGGGUUCCGCAUUUAGUGGCAGCUCUUAAACCCUUUAGUCAAGAAAUUGAAUCACUCAGUGGUAAAGCAGCAGGUGCGACAGAAUCUUCUCAAUAA